AAGAGAGGAGGAAGGUGGUUCCACACAACAUUGGAGCGAAGUGAAUGGCACAUACACGACUGUUUCCAUCGAUAAAAUAAAUAAAUAAAAGUGAGUGGAGUGAGAGAGGUGGCCAGACGAGAGUGGAGAUGAGUUGGGGGAUGAAACCAAGUACUUUGUGAGACUGUUGGUGUGUCCGGACGAGUGGAGACUGGCCCCUCUGGGCGAAUCUCAAACGUAACAAACCUUGCGGCAGGGGAGAGGUUGCGAAAAAGUCAGGGGGGGUUGGAGGGAAAAAGUUGGCAAGGUGUUCUCAUUAUUUUUUUUCCUUCGGAGUGUGGGGUUGGAGGGUUACUCGGGGAUUUCUCCGGCUCGAGUCCAUGUCGAGGCACUUGCGGUGCACUCAUCCCCCGAGAGGGUACUGUCAACAACAUCAAGAGGACACGAGUGACGUUGAUACGUUCUUCAAAGGGGAAAAAUGCUGGAAAUGAGCAAUUGGCUGUUCCGGGGGGAUCGUUGACGAUUUGAGGGCAUUUUGGGGUUAACCUGGUACUGCUAGAGGGGUAGGAGCUCCUGGUGGUGGAGUAUUUUCGGUGGACAAGGUCGUGGAUGCUCGGUGAUUGAGAUUUUUCGGGCCAGUUGAGGGCUUCUUAGGGAAAAUGGCGAAUAAUAAACAACCUGUGGUGAAUGCUGUGCAGACCAAGGCUGUGGAGGUGUCACAGCAACUCCAGGAGGGCGAGAAGUUCAUCAAGUGGGAUGAGGACUCUGGUAUUGCCACCCCAGUCACUCUGCGAGUCGAUGAGUUUGGGUUUUAUCUUCACUGGGUGGAUCAGAACAACGAAGUUGAUAUGAUUGAUAUUGCUGUGAUACGUGACACUAGAACUGGAAAGUUUGCGAAAAUACCAAAGGAUCCCAAGCUGAAAUCACUCGUGUCAAUGGGAAUUCAGGACAGCUUGGAGGACAAAACCAUUACAAUCUGCUAUGCCUCGGACUUUGUUAAUGUAACAUUUAUAAAUUUCUGUGCAACAAGAGCGGAAAUUGCACGGCAUUGGACAGAUCAGUUGCUUCAACUUGCAUACAAUUUGACCCAGUUGAACAGUAGUACAACAAUGUUUUUGCAGAAAGCCCAUACAAAACUUGUACUCGGGGCUGAUAAGACGGGAAAAAUACCGAGUAAAAACAUCAUAAAAAUGUUCACAUCAAACAAGGAGGACAGAAAACGAGUAGAGAAGGCACUGGAGAAUACGUCGCUGCCAUCGGGAAAGAAUGAUGCUGUCCCAGUUCAGAAAUUUCAGUUCGAGGAUUUUUUCAAUUUCUACAAGUCACUGACCCAGCGCACUGAGGUCGAAAAGAUUUUCGAUGAAAUAACUGGAAAUACCAAGCGGCGGCUAAUGAAUGUCAAUCAGCUGGUGGAAUUUUUGAAUCAAUCUCAGAGAGAUCCUCGUCUCAAUGAGAUACUGUAUCCUUAUGCGAAUACAGCCCGAGCAAAGGACAUUAUAAAUCAGUAUGAGCCGAAUAAGUUCAACGCCAGCAAGGGACAUCUCAGCUCCGAUGGGUUCCUCAGGUAUCUCAUGAGCGAGGACAAUCCUAUCGUUGCUAUGUCCAAGUACGAUCUGUCGGAUGACAUGGAUCAACCGCUCGCUCAUUACUUCAUCAAUUCUAGUCACAAUACUUAUCUAACUGGCCAUCAAUUAACUGGCAAAAGUUCAGUGGAAAUCUACCGCCAAUGUCUCCUGGCCGGUUGUCGAUGUGUCGAGCUCGACUUUUGGAAUGGAAAAUUCGACGAGCCUGUAAUUGUUCACGGAUACACAUUUGUGCCUGAAAUAUGCGCUCGGGAUGUAAUCGAGGCGAUAGCAGAGAGUGCCUUCAAAACCUCGGAAUUCCCAGUCGUGCUCAGUUUCGAGAAUCACUGCAAUCCCAGACAACAGGCUAAGAUCGCUCAGUAUUGUAGGGAGUACUUUGGUGAUAUGUUGCUUGCUGCCCCACUCGAGUCACACAAGCUCGAGCCAGGCCAGGAGCUUCCACCCCCCUCUCUCCUCAAACGAAAAAUCAUAAUAAAAAACAAGAAGAAGCACAGAAAUCACAAGAAAGACCACAAGAAGCACCACGCAGUGCCACUGGACGGUGUAGCCCCCCAAGAGUCGGAGGAGGCAGCUAACGCCGAAGGCGAGAACGGUCCUCCCCCAGACAUAAUUCCCCAGAACGAGGUUGAUGGUGUUCUGGUGACCACCGAUCAGGCCCAAUCAGUGGGUAAUGGAGAAGUUAACCACCCCCCUAGCAUGGUCCUGCAGCAACGUCAGUCCUCAAAAGACAGCAAUCAAGACGACGACGACGAGGAAGACGAAUCGAGCACCGAAGAGGACGAGUCAAACGUCGAGGACAUCAAGCUCAGGAUGGGGGACAAGGUCCCUGCGUCAGACAAAGUUGCCUCGACAGCCAAGGAGACUGAAGCUGGUGAGGAGAUCUCAGCCCUAGUCAAUUACGUCCAACCAGUCCAUUUUAACAGCUUCGAGAGCGCUGAGAAGAAGAACCGAAACUACGAGAUGUCGUCGUUCGACGAGAAACAGGCGACGACAUUGUUGAAAGAAAGACCUUUGGAGUUCGUUAACUACAACAAGCAUCAGCUGUCGAGGGUGUACCCAGCAGGCACCAGGUUUGACUCGAGCAACUUCAUGCCUCAGGUCUUCUGGAAUGCUGGGUGUCAACUUGUAGCUCUCAAUUACCAGACACUGGAUCUUGCCAUGCAGUUGAACAUCGGGAUAUUUGAGUACAAUCAGAGAUCUGGGUAUCUGCUCAAGCCUGAGUUCAUGAGGAGGAAGGACAGGAGGCUCGAUCCAUUCGCUGAGUCCACGGUUGAUGGCAUCAUUGCUGGGACUGUUGUCAUUCAUGUGCUCUCAGCGCAGUUCCUCACUGAUAAGAGAGUGGGGACUUAUGUCGAAGUUGAUAUGUAUGGGUUGCCAGCUGAUACUGUCAGGAAGAAGUUCAAGACGAAAAUUGUUCCUAAUAAUGGGAUUAAUCCGGUCUAUGAUGAGGAGCCUUUUGUUUUUAAGAAGGUUGUCUUGCCCGAAUUGGCUUCUCUCAGGAUAGCUGCUUAUGAGGACAGCGGGAGGCUUAUUGGACACAGGGUCUUGCCUGUUGUGGGACUGUGUCCUGGGUACAGGCAUGUCACUCUGAGGAACGAGUGUGGACAGCCCAGACCUCUUGCCAGCCUGUUUCUGCAUGUUAUUGUAAAGGAUUACGUGCCAGAUGGGUUCAGCGAUUUUGCUGAGGCUCUUGCCAAUCCUAUCAAGUAUCAGAGCGAACAGGAAAAGAGGGAGAAACAACUGGAGAGACUUACUGAUGCUAAUGAUGGGCUUGAUGAGGAUGAGGAUAAAGAUAAAAUUGGUGGUGGAACGAGUGCAUCCAAAUCAGUUGACGAAUCGACGAAGAUGAAGAGACUGCAGUCGCAGGGCGAAUUGCCAACUCCAACUCUGCCAUCAGGUAGUCCCCAUGGGCGACCACCAACAGCUGGAGCCAGUGUACCUGAGACACCUGAUCAGGAGGAUGGACCAGCGAGUACAACAGCUUCGACUGUCGAUGGAUCUGCCAACAAAACUCCACUCACUGUUGUUACGAUUGGCGAGGGAAUUGUUGCCGAGAGUCUCGAGAAACUCAUGAAUAAUAAAUUAGUCAGGGAGAAGAAGACGGAGUUGGAUAAAAAAUUGGAGGCACUCAGGAGGAAGCAGGAGAAAGAGAAACUGCGAUUGCAGUCGCAAAAGGGUUCCCUCGAUGGAGAGAAGCAUAAAUCAAAGUUCUAUAGCACAAAAUUAGUGAAGCGUCUCUCCACUAAGAAUAUUUUUUCGAGCGAUACGAGCAUCACUCCCUUGCCAGAAACAUCUGAAAAUCCUGAAGUGGGUAAAGAUGGGGUGGAGGUGAGGGGAUUGCCAAGGAGCCAGAGUGAACGGUUAUUGACAGUUUGCAAGGAACACGUCAACCAGGAGCGUGAGUUGCAGGAGAAGUAUCACGAGAGUGUGUUCAGUCUUGUUGAGAAAGUGAUGAAAGCAUCGCAAAUGAACCAACUGAAGACCCUUCGAGUGUUGCUUGAACGAGAGACCAAUAAUGCUAUGAGGAAACUACAGGACAUUCGACACGGAGAGGUGAAGCAGCUGGCAAAAGUGCACAAAGACAAAGCCGAGUUGGACCGUAUGAAACGUGAAGUGGCGAAGACGACUGUUGAGAAAGGGGUCAAUGAGUGUACCAGAUUAACAGAGAUUUACGAGAAGAGAAGAUGUGAGUUGGAGAGGCAGCACGAGGAGGUUCGACAGAGGCUCGACGAGGAGAGGAAUAAGGUAAGACAACAACUCUGUGCUGAUUACACUAGUCGUUACAAGAAGUACGAGAGUGGUGAGCUUCCAGUAUCGCCAUCAGGGGGUACAAGCAUCCCCGAGGCUCUGAGUAGUACAACGUACUGAAUCAACUGUUGAGAAAGAAAAACCCAAAGAGAUGAGAGGAAAGAACUCGUCACGAUGGACAUUAGAGGCUGUCAGAAAUGGGUCUCGUUUUUUUUCGCCUGGUCUUCCGUCUGCACAGGAUGGAUAAUCCAGGGAGGAAGAGAUAGAG